AUGGCUGAUAUGAAGCCCAAGGUGACUGCCGUCCAUGAUGGCCAGGGCAGGAUGGCUCUCUACAUUGACGAGAGCUUGGGACAGGAGGACGUCGUGUCGCGCAUCGCGCCGAGAUAUCAGCACAUUGCCAUCCGUGGGGAGCCUUGCGUUGUCUUUUUCGACAAGAAUGCGCGCAUGUUUUGCAUUGGUCCUGUCUUCUACAAGCAGGAACUGAUGGACAGGCCUGGUCGAUACGAGCACAUCACCGAUCUCGAUUGGCUCCCGAAUGCUCGCCCCUCCGUCCCUGCUCUUCCCUCCGGCUCUGCUGGCCCCUCCGGCUCUGCUGGCCCCUCCGGCUCUGCUGGUCCCUCCGGCUCUGCUGGUCCCUCCGACCCUGCCGGUUCUGCCGACCCUGCUGCCUCAGGUGCGAGCACCAACAAGAUCCAUCGUCCACCCACACCGUGGACCGUUUUCAUGCAGGAAAAGUUGCAUGAGAUGCGCGAAGAGAACCCCGAUAUUUCCUUCGGUGAAGUCUCGAAGGAGGCGUCUCGUCAGUGGAAGGCCGCUUCCGACGAGGUCAAGGGCUUUUACCAGGAGUUAGCGAAGCAUGUGGCUGACAUGAACCCGUGA